GGGUAUCACGUGAGUUGGACAGUUUUGGGAAUUUGGAGAGAGAAAAAGACACGCAGCUCCUUCUAGUUCUUCUACUUGUAGAGGCACACUUCAUUGCCAUUGCAGAUAAGAAAGAGUUUCUUCUCUCUUCACCGCCUCAAACCACUCUUCCUAUUUUCUCUCUCUCUAUUGUCUCUGAUUUACAACUAAUAACAGUGUAGUUUAGUAUCAUCAUCAUUCAUCCGGACAGAUAAAAACAGAGUCCUCUGUUUCACAGAGUGUUGUGUUGUGUUCUGUUUCCUGCUCUCUCUCAGGUCACUCACAGGCUCUCACCUUUGUUUGGAUUCACUGAUAUUUGAAAAAUGCAGCAGCAGCACCUGAUGCAGAUGCAGCCUAUGAUGGCAGCUUACUAUCCCAACAACGUCACCACUGAUCAUAUUCAACAGUACCUGGACGAGAACAAGUCCCUGAUUCUCAAGAUCGUCGAAAGCCAGAACUCUGGCAAACUCACCGAAUGUGCCGAGAACCAAUCAAGGCUUCAGAGAAAUCUCAUGUACCUAGCUGCAAUAGCUGAUUCUCAACCCCAACCACCUACCAUGUCUGGUCAGUAUCCUUCAAGUGGAAUGAUGCAGCAGGGAGGACACUACAUGCAGGCUCAACAAGCUCAACAGAUGACACAGCAGCAACUGAUGGCUGCGCGUUCUUCUCUACUGUAUGCUCAACAACUUCAACAGCAACAUGCUUUGCAAAGCCAGCUUGGCAUGAAUUCCAGUGGAACUCAAGGUCUUCACAUGAUGCAUAGUGAAGGGACUAAUGUAGGAGGUUUUCCCGACUUCGGCCGCGUCUCGACCGGGGACGGUUUGAGUGGUGGCGGUAAGCAAGACAUUGGAAGUACGGCUGAUGGCCGCGGUGGAAGCUCUAGUGGUCACUCCGGCGACGGCGGAGAAACGCUUUACCUGAAAUCUUCUGGGGAUGGGAAUUAAUUAGGUAAAUGCCUUUUAGUUAUAGGAGGAUUAUUAGGCAAUUAAUGAAGGUUAAGUUAAGAUGUUAUGUUUAGUUUGUUUUAUGUUUUUAAUUAAAAGACAAUGUUUCAAAACAUUGCUAUGUUAGUGUGUACUAGUACUAGUAACUUUAUGCAUGUUGUGUUUUCUUGUGUAAAGGUUAACAAUUUUUCUUUCUGUACUAUGUUGUGGUUUUGGUUUCA